UGUCCUGCUUUUCAAAUGUCUACUUCGGCUCAGAUGUAGGUGAUGAAAACAGGCGUGCUUUUAUGAAAAAUAGCCAUCAAAUCAAGCAAAUCUCGGUAGUUACAGUGGAUAGCUAAAGCGGCCAGUCAAAUUUAAAGAAGUUACAGCCCUAUUGGCCUCCAAAGCCUAGUCUUCCCAUGGACUCAACCAUGCCGUCAUAACUUCAUAGCAUGUACAACAAGGAAAAGAUUGUCCAAAAUGGAAAGGUGAUAUUCAAUUGCUUGCCUAACAAUCACAAACACGUAUAAAAAGGACGCAACGCCCUGUUACAUUUUGAAUAUUAUCAUACUCUCUUCAAACAUGAAAUUCUCUCUCGCUCUCGUUACCUUGAUGGCUGCUGCUGCCAUGGCUAAGCCCACCGACAGCUCAAUGGACUCCUCGGACAUGGCUACUGCCACUGCUUCUGGAACCGAUUCCGCAUCCAUGUCCAUGAACACCGCCGCUGCCUCUUCCUUGGCUUCCAUCCUCUCCUCUGUCUCCUCCAAUGCUGCCAGUGUUUUCACCAACUACCCCAGCGCCUCCUUAACUUUGAACGUCAGCGCCUCUGGAACUACCGGUAUGCCUGCUUCGGCCACCGCAAACUCCUCUGCUGCUGCUACCUCCAGCAGCUCUGCUGCCAACAAGAACGUCAUCAUGGGAGCCUCCGCUCUUCUCAUUGCCGUCGCUGCUGGUGCUCAACUCUUGUAAAUUCCUUACAUAGUACCCUAUUUAAAAUGUCGCCCCCUUUGAGGCUUCAUAAACGCUUUACCCCACACCUACCUUAAAGAACAUUUGUUAGUACUAUCUAUUAUUUAAGAAUAAAAGUUUCCUCGGAGAGAAC